UUGACAUAUCAGGCUGCGAUGAGGCUCAGUGGGAUGUUAAGGCCUACCAGUAAAUCGAACAUGAUCGCGACAGUCAUCUUGCUACUUGUCGUCCUUCCUGGUGUGCAAAUCUGUGAAGGUCGUGCAUACCUGACAGGGUCUGCUACCACUGCAGUCGCCGGUCACCCAUUCAUCUUCACCUGCGAACUCAUGUCUGGAGUUACUUAUCUUGUGAGGUGGACUGGAGAAUUACAAAACAGAACGUCUGAAUGGCAUGUUUCCCCAUACUCUAACUGCAGAACCACUUCAAACAACGUACCAGAUAUCUAUAUCUAUAACUUCACAUGUUCACCACACAUGUACACUCUAACAAUUCUUGACGUUGAUUACAACACUCAUCGGAAAUCGAACUGGACAUGUUUUGACUAUGAUUACUAUGAAAGGAGCAACAUUGUAACACUUGAUGUCAAUGUUCCCCUGGACACAGCCACCUUACUUAACGCUACAACAAAUGCCCUGAAUCUGUCUGAAGGUGACACGAUGUUGUUGCUGUGUGAAACAAACCCAACCCGACCACCAUCAAGCAUAACAUGGUUGAAGGACGAUGACAUCAUAGCAAUCGGCACUUCUUCAUCGAUUCGUGAAGAAGGGGGACUUAGUGUUACUGUGGGUCGUCUUUCCACAGAGGUCACAAGAGAGCUCCAUAGGAAGAGAGUUUAUUGUGUUGGACACUACGAAGAAACGAAUUUCACAACAAACGGAAUGCUGCUGCAUAUUGACGUUCCUCUCGUGGAAAUAAGUAUUAUGAAUUCAACAAACUCCCCCAUGGCUAUGACAGAGAAUGAUGACGUCACGCUUGUGUGUGAGACCAAUCCAACCAUACCUUCAUCUACCAUCGUCUGGAUGAAAGAAAAUAAUACUCUGUCAGAGGAUGUGACGUCACUAUCACGUCCUGUCAACGGUGCGGUAGUGGCAGUCAGUAUGGCGACAUUCGCCGUUUCUUGUGACGAUCAUCUGACCCGUAUCCGGUGUUCUGGUGUCUACAAAAGUACACAGAUAACAUCCAAAUCUCAGACCCUGUUUGUACACUGUAUCACGAAGGAAGAGGCAUCUACAUCAGGAGCCACUUUCGGUGCUGGUGUUGGCGUCGGGAUGACACUAUGCCUGCUUCCCCUUCUGGUAGCAGUGGCUGUUUACAUCGUGUGGUGGAGAAGACACCAAACACAGGAGGAUAAAACACAACCAACUGAAUCGACACCGAGUAGAGCAGCACAGCCCCAGCUUGACAGCCGACAGACAACGAACAUCUAUGAGAGCAUGGACGAGAGCACCAAGCAAAGAAACAACACAACCUAUGAGGAUAUACAUUUGCAGGUCUAUGAAAACACUGCUUAAACCGAGAAAUUCGGUAAUUUUCAGAGGACCAGUACCGGCACUGGUACUGUUAUAUAUGUGUGUAUAUUUGUAAUUGCACGUGGACGCAUAUUAACGCUUUAAACACAAGUUGCAUUAAACUGUCCUUAGUGUUGUUUGUGCUUGUUUUCUGUCAUUUUCGGAUAUUACAUAUCAGUUGUUGGCUCAAAUGACUGAAAGCCAGGUGAGCUUAUACAUGUGUCGUGUUGUUCUUCGGUCCGUCGUGAAAUUUCUAUUCUAAACCUGCAAGGUCUGUGAUGCUGAAACAAUUCAAGCUUCGGUGUCCAUAAACAUUCGCCUUGAUUUCCCAUCCGAGUUUAAACAUGGCCGCUACAUGUACAUUAGUAAUGGUCCAGAUGUCUAUUGUGCCCGUAAUGUGUAAUUAUUAUGACAUUGAUAAUUGAUCAUUGAUCACUGAACAUACAGUAGAUACAUGGUGUGCGGAAUUGCAUUGAAAUUCAUUUUUGGCACACAGCCCGGGCAAUCAUGAUGUAAAUGCCCCCUACGAAGCCAGUCAUGCAUGUAUGUAAUAAAAGAGUAUUUUAAGGAACAUACUGUGA